CCAAGGCAACACUCGUCAGAAACGAUUGCAUCGGUUUUGCUUCCGAAGACCGUCACGUCGCAUUUGCAUGACCUUCUUGGAUAAUAUGUGCAAACACUUUGACUUUUUUUUAUCUUGAAAAGUUCAAUGACACGUCAGUUAUGAUGCAGGCUCGCCAUCAGUUUUCUACGCCAUCUGACAAUUGGUGUCAGGUGCAUUUUGCUGACAGUGAAGUCAAAGUUGUAAGAGCAUCCAAGCAGUACAUUUAUGAUGAUUUGGGAAAUGAGUUCCUCGACUGUGUUAGCAGCAGUGCCCAUGUAGGCCAUUGUCAUCCUCAUGUAGUUGCGGCAGGCCAUGCACAGAUGCUGAAACUAUGGACUACCCAGGGAUUUCUAAAUGACACAUAUUCACAAUACAUGAAGAAGCUAAUGGACAUCUUACCAGAAUCCCUCUCAGUCGUCUACCUUGUGAAUUCAGGGUCGGAGGCUAACGAUCUCGCGCUCAGGCUUGGUCGCCUAUAUACUAAAAGACACGACGUAGCUGCCUUUGAGAGUAGCUACCAUGGAAAUAUUUCCAGUUUGGUGGAUAUAAGCAGCAAAUCAUUUAAAAGAUUGCCUCAGGGAAAAAAAGAUUUCGUUCACGUCAUCCCACUUCCGAGAACUAGUAACAAUAAAGACAACAAUAUUGAAAAUGACCAAUCCGAAUUUUGCAAUGAGGCUCAGAAAGUCAUACAAAAAGCUUCGCAAAAUGGUACACCAAUCGGUGUUUUCAUUUCGGAAAUUGUCGUCGCUGCAGCUGGAGUAGUUAUACCGCCCCCUAACUAUUUCAAAACUGUAUAUCAGAUGGUUCGAAAUCAAGGAGGGGUUUGCAUUGCCGAUGAAGUGCAGACAGGCUUAGGCCGCCUCGGAGGAGACUUCUGGGCGUUUCAGGGAUAUGGUGUUGUGCCGGAUAUUCUUGCGUUUGGAAAAUCACAAGGAAAUGGAUUUCCCAUGGCUGCCGUUGUUACAACUCGUGAAAUUGCUAACAGUUUACCAGAGUAUAUGUCUACAUACGGUGGCAAUCCCUUGGCAUGCGCCAUUGGUAAAGCAGUUCUGGAAGUCAUUAUCAACGAAAAGCUGAUGUAUUCCGCUAAAAUGGUCGGAAAAUUUCUUCUGGAAGGGCUAAGGGGGUUGAUGUCGAAACAUCCUACCAUCGGGGACGUUCGUGGGGUGGGUCUUUGUGUUGGCAUGGAAGUAGUUUGUGGCCGUCCAGAUAUGAAACCAGCCACAAAUUUUGCCAAUCGCGUACUUUACCUGUUGAAGGAGCAAAAGGUUAUUGUAGCUACCCAAGGGGAAGAGCGUAAUGUAAUCGCAAUGACUCCACCAUUGUGUUUCACAUUGGAAAACGCCCGUCGUGUCAUUGGAGCAUUCGACAACGCUUUUACUAAAGCGAGCCAAAAUGGUGAUGUGGCGCCAGUCCCUCCUAAUACAUCUAUUUUAGGAUUAGCAAGUAUUCCGUCAGACAUACUUGGAGAAAAUGAGGAAGAAAUGCCAGGUCCUGCAAAAAGACAAAGACAAUAUGAAGAAAUGGACUAAAGUUGUUCCCCUUUUAAUGUGAUAUUUUCCUGCUCCUCGUAUCUGUGUUAUAUUUGUCAUAAGUAGAUUCUAACUUUGCUGUAUCCAGGCCAUCUGAAUUCUUAGGGGUCAAACUUCUAGCAUUUUUUAAGGAAUGCUAAGAUAUCAAGAAAAUGCUGAAUACUGAUAUUGUGGUAAAGAUUGUAUAGGUCAAAACAUACAGGUAAAAUGGUGUUAAAAUCGCGUGCAAAUAGCGUGGAUUGAAUUCCAACUACCUAAAGAAAAUACUCGAAGCGAAAGCUCAUCUAAACCUACGUUUUAAGAGAGAAAGUUUUUUUUGUUUGUAUUUCCUCACUCUCUUUUUGUGUUUAAAUAUCUUGACGGUCUGUUUUUUUUUUGUUGUUGUUCUAAUUGAUGUUUAACUGUUAUAUUAAAUACAUUUUUUUUUAAUUCUGCA